CCCAGUCGUAGAAACAAAGUAAACAGAUAACAAUGCACCGAACGAUUACCGAGACGCGAGUGACAAGGCGAAGACUCAAAUAGUUACUUCCUCAUUUACUGACGCGUCACAGAAUGUUACCAUGCAGAUUGCAGUCGUGUCACUUGGCUCAGCUGCUUCAUGCUACGUGUCAAGUUCCAACCUCUCUCGACAUCGUCGGUACUGUUAAACGAUUGUAUUAUAUUUCACCUUCAGCUUGUCUUACCUAAGUGACAAAAACCGAGAACUAAGAAAACCAAGAAGGAAGGAUAUGAUAAACUUGGUUGCCCUUUCCCUUGUUCUAACUUCACUUGCCACGGCCGGAGUUUGGUCUCCGGCCCCAACCGAAAAUACCCCAAAUGACCACAUAACCAAUGAUGAUCAUCAAGUUAUUGUCAAAGAAGGCCACCGAGUUGUGGUAGUAGAGUACGACGAAGAAAGGCAUCCUAAAACCAAGGUCUCAAUCUCACCAGAAGACGAAGCCACCCGCUACGACUUCGCAGAGCCGACCUCAAAGAGGACUUUUCUCGAAAAUUCCAAGGAUAAGUUUAAAGAAGCUUCUUCUAACGUUAUCCCAAACCUAGGCCAACAAGGAGCCAACGUUGAUCAUCAUCCGCGAACAUCAAAAGAACUCGUUUGUGACGCUUACGGGAAAUGCAAGCAUAAAAUCGCAGUCGCCAUUGACAAGACCCUUGGGUUAGCCCACGAUGACAUCGAUAUGAAAAUUCUAGCGGCUCAAAGACUUGAAAGGGCCGCGGUGAAAAGCAAGGAAGCCGUAGUAAAUAAGGCUCAUAAAGUCGAAGAGGCUGCCGAAGAAGCAUACGACAAGACUAAAGCAAACGUACGACACGUGGCCCAUGAAGUGGAAGAAAAGGGAAAAGAAUCGGUCCAAACGACGAAGGCAGCUUUUAAGGGCACCAAGGAGUUGGCGAAAACGAUCGGCAUCGACGUGGCGAAGAACGUUACUGGAUUUUUUGGAUAUGUGCGGAAGCACGUAGCGAAGAAAGCAGCUUUCUUUAGUGGCCUUGCCACUUCCAAGGCGUUGAGUCCGAUUCCAGGAAUGAUGUAUUUGAUUGGAUUCGCGAUCGCGUACGGGACUUGCGUGUGGGUAACGUUCAUAUCAAGCCACGUGUUGGCUAGAACCUUGCCUAUGCAGCAGUUUGGCGUGGUUCAGAGUAAGCUUUACCCGGUUUAUUUCAGGACUAUAGCAUGUAGUAUUGGGACAGCGUUGCUUGGUUUCGUGGUUAGCCGUAGAGGGCGGUCCUUCACCAGCGAGUUCGAGAAAUUUCAAUUCUAUAAUCUUUUGGGUUCCUUGUCUUUGACUUUGAUUAAUAUGCUCUACUUGGAACCCAAGGCCACUAAGGUAAUGUUUGAGAGGAUGAAGGUGGAGAAAGAAGAAGGAAGAGGAAGGGAAGAGCUAACGACCACUGACCACUCGCCAAUGUCAUCAGCGACUCGCCCUGCACUGGCGGCGGAGGCAACCGAAACGCGAGAGCAGGAGGCGGCUGUUCGGAAUCAACUCACGACAUUGAAUACGAUGCUAAAGACGCUAAACACGACUUCAUCAUUUCUUAACAUCCUAUGCCUAAUGUCGCUUUCUUGGCAUGUCUAUUACCUUGCUCAACGACUUCACCUGACCUAUUCAUGAAAGAUGGCUACAGUGAUUUUGGUGUGAGGAAACUGAUUAUUUUGGUUGUAUUUCUUGUUUCUUUUUUUGGGUGCUUCGACUUUUAUUACUAGUAGUAUGUUUGGGUUUAUUAGUUUUAAGUAAUAACACUUGGAAUUUUUUUUAGUACAAAGUACAUAUAUUUAUAUAUAAAAUGAGCAUUUCUGUCGUUUUGGAGUGAACUACUCUCUUUGCGAAGUGUUGUGAUAUUUGUUGGUGUAUCAGUUUUGUAGAAUACUAUCGAAUGAAACGAAAAUGUGGAGUACA